GGGUAUCUGCAACGCCCCUGCAACUUUUCAGCGGGCCAUGAACAUGGCUUUUCAUAAUUUCGUGCGGAAGACUCGCCUGGCGCAGAGCAUCAUCAACUACUGCGUGAUUAUGUACAUGGAUGACAUCUUGGUGUAUUCGAGCUCCUACGACGAACACGUGCAGCACAUCGAAUGGGCACUACAUGUGUUACGAGAUGCAGGUUUCAAGGUUGAGAAGUGUCAGUUUUUCCUCACCACCAUUUCCUUCCUGGGGCACGUGGUGAUAGACAAAGGACUCCAAUCAGAGCCGCAGAAGGUGGCUGCUGUCACGGACGCACCGGUGCCUACGACUAUUACGCAAGUUCGUGCCUUUCUGGGCCUAGACUCGUACUACCAAAGAUUUAUCAAGGGCUUCGCGGCGAUUGCGGGACCCCCCACAAAUCUGUUGCGCAAGGAUCAGCCGUUGAUCUGGACACCGGAGUGCGAUCUAACGUUUUCCAAACUCAAGGCUGCUCUCAUUUUGGCUCCGGUCCUUUUAAGACCGGAUCCCGAAAAACCUUUUGUUCUCAUCACCGACUGGCAGCCAGAGGUGAUUUCAGCGAUCCUUGCCCAGGUGGGACCGAGCGGACUCGAGACUGUAGUGGAGUAUGCGGCCAAAUCAGUGCCUGCCUGCAAGCGCAAUUACGCCGCUCCAACGGGUGAAUGUUAUGCGGCUCUCUGGGGAAUCAGUCACUUUCGUGCUUACCUGUACGGGCGAAAAUUCACCCUGGUGACUGAUCAUGAGCCCUUCUUGGCUCUGAAGAAGUCGAAGGAUUACUCGGGCAUGAUCGGUCGAUGGGCAACGGUACUGCAGAGCAUGGACUUUGACAUUCCUCAUCGAAAGCACAAGAGACACGGAAAUGCGGACGAACUGACACGACUGCACCGGCCUGAGAAGGUUCCAAAGGGUGGGGAGGUGACGUGGACGGGCACUAGUGAGCAUCCCACGUGGAUCGAGAAUCCGGAGCUGCUGAUCAUACAGGCUUGGAGGACUAACGUGGAAGGAGAUCUUCUUGGCUUUCUCUUCGGAUCGGUACGACCAGGUCGAUGCCACCUAAUUGCGCAGGAGCUUAUCGCAUCGAUCGUGCAAUUGGCAGACGAUCUCUCGCCCGACAUCUAUUUUCAGAGUGACGACUGUCCUGCUCCGUACAUUUUCGAGCGAUCAUUGGAUCCGUACCUACAGUGGACCACGUGCUUGGAGGAACCUAGGGACGAGGAUACCCUACCAUCGCGGCAGGAGUAUCUGAAGCCGUACGAGAUCUUCCCUCACGCCUUCUAUCCGAGGGCAGAGGAAGUGGUGAUCGACGACGACGACGACGAGGAAACAUCGGAAGAGGGAAGCUAUAGUGAACAUAGCGAGGGCGAGCUGAGCGAAGGAGAAGAGGAGGAAGAAGAAACCGGAUCCGAGUGGGAAGCCUUGCCGGAGGAAGCGACGGGUACGGGAACGGAGGUGGAAGAUCUGGAAGCGGCGCGAGAGCGCGAAGAAAUUGCCACCGGGAAGCGCCAGCUGGAGUUCGCCAGCGAAGUUAGCCUGCGCGUCGGUAGCGAUCCGACCAGGGAUCCAGAGCCGCCGAAGCCCGAAGAUGGCGACCCUGCAGCCGCCACCUCAAGUACCACGCGACGGAGACGGAGCCAAUCCCCCUCCUCCUCCAGCCCCACCCGUCCCCCAGUUCGCCCACGUACCGAUGCGGGCGAUAGGCCUUCGUCCUCGGACGCUGUUCCACCGACCCCUUGACUUCCUCACCCUUGAGCAGAUCCGUACCCCCGUCACCUUCCCUUCCCAUCCUCGCUUCCACGAUUUCUAUUCUACCCGUC